GCAUCAUACAGCUGAACCAUUCAAAGCACAAGUAUCUCAUGAUACCUCCCGAGAGAUCGUGUGCACAACAAACCCAGUUUUUAGUACCCAACCCACAGUACAAUACAUUGCUGGCAAGCCAUCUAGCUCCCUCCAAAAAAGUCACAAGUACAAGUACAAACCCCCCCCUCCCCACUCACACUCAUCCUACAAUAUCAACAUGGGCAACCCACCAUAGAACCAAAGCAAAUAACAAGACACCAAAAAUCACUUGCCCACACACAACCAACCACACCCUUCCUUAUACAAAGCUCUAAAAUCACGAAUAAUCAUGCAAGUAUAAAGAAAACGAACCUACCAUUACAGCUACCGGCUAGUAGUCGCAGUAUCACCACAAACCCAACCCGCCCUUAUCAGCUCUCCCGAACCGGAACACAUAGAACUAUAACCAUACGCAAAACCAACGAAUCCUGUUUUCUAGCCAUGAUAGAGAUCGGGUGACGUUUUCUGCUUCUUGCGG